AAUAAUCAUUCUCUUCCAUAUCUAAUCCAAGUAUUGUUUUUUGAUCUCGUCUCGUCUCGUCUCGUCUCUAAAAAAACUGUAUAAAACAGAAGUCUAAAACUGUUUCUCAUAUUCAGUGUGGAUUCAAAUCGUUUUCAGAUAUUUCAAAAGGCCCUAAUAAAUGCUUGGUUUCUGUUAUGGUGUCCAAGGAAGAAGAUAAUGAAAUUUGGCAUUGAGAUGAGAUAGGAAGAAAGAAGAAGAUGAAGAUGGCAGUAGGCGAGGAAUACAAGGAAUCAGAUCGUCUCCUGAGAUCCAGUGAUAUAAGCUGUGACAAUGCAGAACAAGAAGCUGACAGAGACUUAGAACAACAACAACAACAGCAACAGCAACCUCAACCUCCUGGUCAUUCUCAUUCCGAUGAUAGAGGUUUCUCAUACUCUGCUCGCCGCCUCACCAUCAUCCCCAGGGUCAGGGACAGAGUAGUACUUUCCACACUCGAUCCACCGCCUCCUCAGUCUUCUACUUCUCACCGAAACGAUGAGCUCAGGGACAGCUCUCCUCCCGAAUGGGCUUUGCUUCUUCUUGGCUGCCUUCUCGGCCUUGCUACCGGUCUUUUCGUCGCCGCUUUUAACCGCGGGGUAGACGCCAUACAUGAAAAGGCCUGGGCUGGUAUUCCAAAAAAUGGAGCUUCGUGGUUUCGCAUGCAGAGACUGUCUAACACUUGGUAUAGGAUACUUUUAACACCAGUUGCCGGUGGAAUUAUUGUUGGCUUUAUGAAUGGUCUGCUUGAAGUAUUGGACCGGAUAAAGCAGUCGACUUCGUCUCAUAGACAGGGAUUUCAUUUGCUUUCUGGAGUCUUUCCCACCGUAAAAGCUAUCCAGGCUGCUAUUACUUUAGGAACUGGUUGUUCUUUGGGUCCUGAAGGCCCUAGUGUGGAUAUUGGAAAAUCAUGUGCCAGCGGAUUUUCAAUAAUGAUGGAAAACAACAGAGAAAGACGGAUAGCCCUCGUUGCAGCAGGUGCAGCAGCAGGAAUUUCUUCAGGCUUUAAUGCAGCAGUUGCUGGUUGUUUCUUUGCCAUUGAAACUGUGUUAAGGCCUCUUCGUGCAGAAAAUUCACCUCCGUUUACCACUGCAAUGAUUAUACUGGCCUCUGUUAUAUCUUCAACAGUAUCAAAUGCUUUACUCGGGACAAAAUCUGCUUUUAUUGUGCCUACAUAUGAUCUGAAAUCUGCUGCUGAACUACCUCUAUACCUGAUAUUGGGCAUGCUAUGUGGUGCUGUAAGUGUAGCCUUCACUCGCUUGGUUGCUUGGUUCACGAACUCAUUUGAGAUUAUCAAGGAAAAAUUUGGCCUUCCUGCUCUUGUGUGCCCUGUUUUAGGUGGUUUUGGAGCUGGGAUAAUUGCUCUUAAGUAUCCUGGAAUACUCUACUGGGGUUUCACAAAUGUUGAAGAAAUCCUUCAUACUGGGAAGACUGCUUCAGCUCGAGAAAUCUGGCUCUUAACUCAACUAGCAGCUGCAAAAGUUGUUGCCACAGCUCUAUGCAAGGGUUCUGGGCUCGUAGGUGGCCUGUAUGCCCCAAGUUUGAUGAUUGGUGCUGCUGUUGGUGCUGUAUUUGGGGGCUCAGCUGCAGAACUUAUCAACUCAGCAAUUCCAGGAAAUGCUGCUGUUGCUGAGCCACAGGCAUAUGCACUUGUUGGAAUGGCUGCUACUUUAGCUUCAGUUUGUUCAGUUCCCCUGACAUCAGUUCUGCUUCUGUUUGAGCUGACAAAAGAUUAUAGAAUAUUGCUUCCACUGAUGGGGGCUGUUGGAUUGGCAAUAUGGGUUCCCUCUGUGACAAACCAGGCCAAGGAGACUGAAGCACCUGAUACAUGGAGUUCAGCCAGGGGUUACUCUUCUCUUUUGCCUGCUCAUGGUAAAGAUGAAGUCAGUUGGAGACAAUUUGAUGGUGGAGAUGAUUUAGAACUCUCUGCCGUGCAUAACAAUGCUGGUUUCGAAGAUAUUAGUGAAGAUAUGCUUUUGGAAUAUCUAAAGGUUUCUCAAGCCAUGUCUACAAACUGUGUGAAGGUUUCUCUUGCCACGACUUUGAAUGAGGCAAUCAAAUGCUUGCAUGACAACCAGCAGAACUGUGUGUUGGUGGUUGAUGAUGAAGACUUUCUGGAAGGAAUACUAACGUAUGGUGAUGUUAGACGAUAUCUAUCUAAGAUAUCUGGUGAUCCAUCUGACUCAAGAUUUCAAGGUGUAAAUGCUUGUCCUGUUUCAUCUGUUUGUACCCGGGGGAUUACCUAUAGAGGGCAAGAGCGUGGGAUUUUAACCUGUUAUCCUGAUACAAAUUUAGCAAUUGCCAAGGAGCUAAUGGAGGCCAAGGGUAUCAAGCAGUUGCCAGUAGUUAAGCAUGGUAGAGAACGUCUAAAAGAAAGAAAGCGAAGAAUUGUUGCUGUUCUUCAUUAUGAUUCAAUUUCGCAAUGUCUCAGAGAGGAGAUAAAUCAUCGAAAGUCGAUCCAAGAGCACAGGAAGGAGAUCGAUCUCCAGGAAAUUAUUACAAAUGGCCAUUAGCGUACUGAUAGCUGUAUGACCGUGUCCAAGAAUCUGAAAUUAGAAAAAAGGACAAAUCAUUGCAAUGGUCAUUCAUUUUUUUAUCUUUCUUUUUCCCAUUCAUAGUUUGAUUUAAGCCAAGAAAGUUGGUUGAUAAAAAUUGUAUAUCUUUUGGUCUUCUCCUCCACCCACCCCACCCCACACCCCCCCUUCUUUUUUUUUUUGGUUGAUAAUUUUUUUUAUUCCUGUGUGUAAUUUGGCAACUUUUGAUGUUGUAUAUUGAAAUUACUGUUCAAAAUGGUAAAAAAAAAUUUGACAAAAAAUAUGGUGUAUUUUA